UAAACUUCUCACCAAAAAUCUGUGUUCAACGACCUUCACGACAGCGACGAUAGCAACAUUCUUGGUAUAGGAACGUGAGGAGGGUCAUAUUCCCCAAAUUGCGCGUCCAUUACCGGAUUAUUCAGAACCUCUUUACGGGAUUUCCGGCGAAUCCUGCUCAAUUGGACCCCUGCAAAUCCAAUCCGAAACCACCAAUCGAGGCGUCCUUCCUUGACGGAUCACAAAUUUCAACUCCAGAUUACCGCCAGUAAUAUAAAUCUGAGAAUCCAAUUGAUGCGCUCCUUACCUACUCUGGACUGAGAGCUGCAUCGCAAAAAAAAGGAAAGAAAAGGGAAACACCCGCGGCGAUAAGUCCUGGGAUCCACUCAGAAACGCAACAAUGACUCCAAAAACGAUCCUCCUCCGCGCUUCAGCGCGGCCAUCCAUUCUCAUCCCAAGCAGUCGCGCCGCUGCUCCCCAUCCCGCCACCUGCUUAUCCGCUCUACUCUCCGCCAUGCAAUUGCGGCCUAACAGCCGUCAAAUCGCCCGCCGGCCCCUCACCACGUCCACACAAUCCACGCAACCGACAGCGCAAUCAUCGUCAUCAGCAGCCUCCUCAACAACGCCACCACCAUCACCUCCAUCCUCCUCCUCAUCAACACCACCACCAGAAUCACAACCAACAACAAACCCAACAACGCCCAGCGCCCGGCGCACCCGCCACACCCUAAAAUUCGGCACCGUCCUCACCGCCGGCCGCAUGGAUAAAACCGUCCGCGUCCUGCACAAGCACACAGCCUACCACAAGCGGCUACACAAAUCCUACCCAGCCAGCACCAUCUAUCUCGUGCACGACCCGUGCAACUCGCUGCGCCAGGGAGACGUGAUUGAGUUCUCGAGCGGGUGGCGCACGAGCAAGAAUGUACGCCAUGUUGUGGAGCGGAUCGUGGCGCCCUUUGGGGAGCCGGUGGAACAGAGGCCGCAGGUGCUUAGUUGGGCGGAGCGGGAGGCGUUGAAGGCGGAGAGGGAGGAGAAGGCGGGGAAGGUUAUGAGGGUUGGGAGGGUGAAGAGGUUGGUUGCGGAGAGGUUGGAGAUUGAGAAGAGGAGGGCGGAGGAGAAGGAGGUGGUGUAGCGCGUGGUGGGUGUUGAAGAGGCCCAGGUCGGGGAGGGUCUUGGUGCGAGAUGUAUGACCCUUUUUGUUGGUUGUUUGGGCUGGGAUAUUAAUGAUUAAAGGAAGAACGGAUGGAUGCCAUUAGGAAAGAUGGUGAGGAUCCGGUGCUCGUAUGUAUGUAUAAGCUGCAUCAGACAGUUUUCUUUUUCUUUUUCUCUUGCCAUACUUCUUUUAUUUUUGAACCUGUACAGUACAAUUCAGCUAGAACCCAAAUUAUAGUGUUUGAGAGACCAAUAUUGUCCCUUUCCCGCGUAAUUAAUUAUAUAUACACUUUGCUAUAUACAUAGAUGAUUUUCUUUUUCC